UGAUUGUUUCCACUCAUAAUUUGAGCCAACAAGGUUUCUCUCCUCCUGUAAAUAUGUAGCCUACCAAGAACUUUGGAACAGUGUGUGUGUCAAUAUACUUCAGUAUGACAUCACUGAGAAUGGAUGCUGUUUCCAUUCCAUUUACAGCAUUCAUUGCCUUGGUUACCAGCUGUGAGUUUCGGGGCAAUUGCAAACCGAUUCUUUGGUUUUCCUGUCAUUUACGGCAGGUGUAACUUUAGAGAAAACACUCUUUCUGGAUACACCUUUCCCCACAGUAUGGGAAAUGUAUUUACCAUCUUAAGAUCAUGGUACUACACGCAUAUUAAGGAGACAGAGGAACCACCACUCAAGUUAAUAGACCCCAUCUUUCACCACCAUAAAAUCAAAACAUAUGGCAAUUAUCUGAGAAAUACAGAACAGCCCAUGGAAGAGAGAGCCAGAGCAGCGCUAUAUAUUGGACUGUUAGCUUACACAGGUGGUGUCCGUGCUGCUGGAUUAGCUUCAGAAUAUAUUAAGGACAUGACUGAUAUUCUGCUCAUGCCAGAAACUAAUGGGAAAGAGAGCAUCGACGUGUUAAAAGGGUUGUGUAGUGUUUGCUACAUAAACUACACAAACCAGGAUGUAGCCAAAGAUCACCACCUUGCUGAAGUUCUGAUUGCCUACCUGGAUGAAGAUGAAAACUCCCCAGAUGCUGACCCAGAUAUUAUCCUUGUGAAGUUCUGGGUUUGUUAUCUGAUGACUGUUCUCUGCUGUAACAAUGUCCCUUUUAUUAAGUUACUUCACGAGAUGGGUGGCCAAAUGUUAGAAAACAAGCUGGAGACCCUAUGUUACCUGGAAUGGCUUGGCUGGCCACGAAACUAUGCCGAAUUAAUGGUUUCACUUCUGGGAUAUAAAAAAACAAACAUACAACUAGACCUAGGGGGAAAAGAUUGAUACAUUGAAAAGAUGUAUUUUGCAUUUCAGUUCCAAAGGCAUAUCGUAUGGAGACCCUUCUUAAAUGCCUAAGCAUUUAAACUCUGCCUUUUAAUUUAUACACUUUCCAUUCUAAUAUACUGUGCUGUCAAAUUCUGGUGCUUUAAAACUAUUUGUAGAAUCCUUUCAUAUCUCAGUAGCCUUCAAGACAUCAUUAAACUGUCACAUCUAGUGCUUGUGAAUAGCGCUGCUAAAAUCAAGUGCAGGUGGCAUGGUGGAAGAAUACUGCAAGCUCAAAGUAAUAGGUUAUAAAAAUAUAAAGUUUAAUACAAAAGUAUUUUCUCACUACUUUGAAAACAGUUUUAUAUCUUGUUCAAUAAAGUAAGUUUUGUGUAGCACGA